AUGUCAACUAAAUCUAUCGUGAAUACUAGUCAUGAUCAGUCGGAUUCAUCGCUGCCUAUUCAAUCAUCUAUUCAGUUGAGAAAACGUGGUCGACCAAAUAACGGGAAAUUAGUUCAUUUCAAUCAGAAUUCUUCAAAUCACUCAUCUAUUCAUCAUGUGAAACAUAUCAAUAUGAAUUUGAAAAAUAUUUCACCUAUUAGAAAAAAACAAAAAUCAUAUUAUUUACAGGAAAAUUUUAAUUCAACUAAAUUAUUAUGCAAUAAUAAUAAUAAUAAUAAUAAUAAUAAUAAUAAUAAUAAGGAUACAUCAACACCAACUAUGAAUAAUUCAAAUCAUAUCAAUUCACAUUCUCCUCCUCCUCUUACUACUACUCCUACUACUACUACUACAACUACAACUUGUCAGCGUCAAUUAAGACCACGUAGUCAAUCAACAACCUUGACCACCACCAGCAGAACAGCAACCACAACGUUGACAUUAACACCGACAACAACAACUUAUUAUUAUGUACAUAAAAAACGUAGAAAAUAUUCAUUGCCUAACAGUACUACUAGUACUACUGAUACUACUACUACUACUACAAGUACUACAAAUAGUACUAUUAGACAAACACCUAAAUCAUCAUCUAUACAACAAAAUGUAAAAAAUAAUUUAUCCAUUAAAAUUAAACCAUGUACACAUUCUCGACAAAUACAAAAUGAUCAUAAUAAUGCCAUGUUAAAAGAUGAAGAUGAUGGAGAUGAUGAUGUUGUUGAUGAUGAUGACGAAGACGAAGAGGUGGAGGUGGAGGUGGAGCCGGAAGAGCAAGAAGAAGAAGAAGAAGAGGAUGAUGAUGGUGGUAAUGAUCAAGGUGGUCAACAAACAAGACGUUAUCCAGUACGUAAUCGUAAAAAUACUAUUGUUUAUCAAGUUGAAAAUGUACAUAGUAAUAAUAAUAGUAAUAAUAAUCAUGGUGUACAACGUCAAAGAAAUUGGUUCGCUGGAACUGGUUAUCAUAAAGCAAGACGUUCAUAUCAAAUGCAAUCGAAGCAUCGUAAAAGAAAUUUGGAAUAUUGUAGUUCUAGCAGCAGCAACGGUAGUAGUAGUAGUAGUAAUAGUACUAGUACUAGUAGUGAUAAUAUCAGGGAUAGUGGUACUAAUAGUAGUCGUGCUAGUAGUAUAUCAUCUUCCUCCAUAUCAACUCAUCAUUCUCAUCGAUCAUUAUAUAAUCGUCGUAAUAAAACAAGUCGUCAACAUUGGCGUAAUCGUCGAUAUCGUUCAACCCCGGCUACUACUGCUACUGCUACAACGACAAUGACGACGACAGCGGCCGUAGUGGCUGCAGCAGCAGCAGCAACUAAAGAGAAUCAUUUCUCAUGGACACCGUUUGAUAGUAAAGCUGAUAAACAUUUUCAACAUCGUCAUAGUAAAAGUUGGCUACAUGGUAGAUCACAACUUAUGCCUAUUAAUAGUUAUCAAUUUGGUUAUGGAUUAAAUAAAUCCAAAAUAGGCGAUCGAAAUUAUUCAACAACUUAUUUAGCUGAUACUGAACCAAUGUCUAUUGAUACAUCGAUUGGUUUUGAACAAAUUGGUGGUCAUGAAAAGCAUAUCUUAUCAUUGAAAGAAAGUAUCAUCUUACCAUUAAUGUAUCCGGAAAUAUUUGCAAAAUUCAAUGUUGAUCCACCACGUGGUGUGUUGUUUUCUGGACCGCCAGGUACCGGUAAAACACUACUAGCUAGAGCUCUUGCCAAUGAAUGCACUCGUUUAGCUCAAGGUAAUCAUGAUAAUACUGCUCCGAUGAUUAACACUGGCAACAAUACUACUACUACUACUACUGCUCCUAUGAAAUAUCGUCGCCCUAUUGCAUUCUUUAUGCGUAAAGGUGCUGAUUGUCUGUCAAAAUGGGUUGGUGAAUCUGAACGUCAGCUACGUUUAUUAUUUCAUCAAGCUUAUCGAAUGCGUCCUUCAGUGAUAUUUUUCGAUGAAAUUGACGGUUUAGCACCGGUUCGCUCAUCAAAACAAGAUCAAAUUCAUUCCAGCAUUGUUUCCACUCUUCUCAGUUUAAUGGAUGGUUUAGAUAAACGUGCUGAAGUAGUCAUUAUUGGUGCAACGAAUCGACCAGAUGCUAUUGAUCCAGCAUUACGACGUCCUGGACGAUUUGAUCGUGAGUUUAUAUUUACAUUGCCAACUGAAGAAGUUCGACGUCGUAUCCUUGAUGUGAUUACUGCAAAAUGGGAUCCGAAACCAGAUUCAUUAUUACUUGAUCAAAUCGCUGCAAUGACAAUCAAUUUCUCUGGUGCUGAUUUAAAAGCAUUAACAACAGAAGCAUGUUUAUGCUGUUUACGUCGAUGUUAUCCACAAGUAUAUAAUAGUCGUGUAAAAUUAGCUAUAGAACAUAAAUAUUUAGUGGUCUCUCAUUCCGAUUGGUUUGAAGCAUUACAAAUUGUUCACGCCUCAACAGAACGUUUUCGUAAUGAUGGUUCCAUGUUAAAUUUAACACCAUCAGCCAAUGCAUUAGCCACUACAAUACGUACACCAUUAUCCCCCUUAUUAACCACACUACUAUUACGUCAUGUGAAUACCAUUGUCAACUAUUUAACACGUCGUCUAUUCAUAUCCACUGGCAAAUAUUGUCAUCCAUCCUUGUCAUCAACAUCUUUGUCAUCAUUCAUAUCAAAUAAUAAUGAUAAUGAUCAUGAUGACAAGAUUGUUUCAUCGUCAUCGUCGUGUAUGAUGAUGGUCAAGUCGAAAUUAUUGAUUCAUGGAAAUGUGUCGGAAAUGUUGAUGAAUGCUGUAUGGCAUAAACUGGAAGCAAUAAAUGUAUACACAAUAAAUUUAGCCAACCUAUUCGCUUUCCCUACAAGUAUCGGAAUGUGCCCGGAAGCGGCGGUUGCACAAAUUAUCUCUUCCAUACGAAAUACAUUAGACAAUGAUAAUAAUCAUAAUAAUAAUAAUAAUAAUAAUAAUAAAUCACAUUGUAUGAAUAAUGGAGUGAUUGUCUAUUUACCAUCGGUCGAUAUACUAUUUCGUAAUUUGCCGCCAUUAACAGUCACUUAUCUAUGUGAUCGAUUGAAUGCUUUGGUUGAUGAAAUCAAUUAUGAAUUGAAUUAUAUUCCUUCAGGAUUAAUUGUCAAUCAUCAGUUGAACUCUUCAAAUCCUCCUCCUCCUACUCAUCAACAUUUGACUGGUUCAUUUCAAAACACCAUCAUUCAUCAUCAUAGUGUUGUCAGAAAGCAUACACGUCGUCUGAUGAUUAUUGGAACAUGUACACAAUCAUCAUCAUCAUUCUCGCAACAACAACUACACCAGCAGCAGUUGGAUUGUUUACCACCACGAAUUAUUCCAUUUGUGGAUGAAGAGAAGGAUAGUUCAACGACAAAAAAACAGUACAAUAAUAAUGAUAAUAAUAAUAAUAAUGAUAGUGAUCAGAGUAGUAGUAGUAGUCCUCCUCAGACAACACCAACCCUAACACCAACCACAACACCAAAUCACAAUUGUUCGUCAAUAUUAUCGAAUUUCAAUGACAAAUCACAUGACUUAAAAUGUCAACUCAACACAGAGACAAUGAAUUUCAAUGAACAAUCUCUAUCACCAUCAUCUCAUUCACCAUAUCGACGAUCAUCACCUUGUCCUAUUGUUCCCACUACUACUACUACUUCUACUGCUAAUAGUACUACUACUACUACUAAUACUCAUACUACAUUAUGUAAUCACACUAAUCAUCAUAAUAUUGCUACUGCUGAUGAUGAUGAUCAUACAAGCACGCAUCCUAUUGAAUUGAAUUCACAUCAUAUGAAUUAUACAUAUAAUCAUGAUUUAAAUCGUAUGCAAUUUCAUUUCAGUAUUCAAUUGCCUGAUUGUUAUAAAUCAUCCGCAUUAUGUCAUGCAAAAAAGUAUCAGAAUAAUAGUUAUAAUUUACCGAAAACCAUACCAACAACAUUCAUCAACUCAUCAACAACAACUGUUGGUCGUGAUCGUGAUCGUCAUCAUCAUCCUGAUGCCGAUGACAAACAAGUGAACAAUUUCAUCGAUCUAGACGAUACUACUCAUAAUCCCAAUCCCAAUCACACUAACAAUGACGACGAUCAUGCAUUGAUUAAUAAUUCAUCAUCUUCACCACCACCUGCUGUCAAUCAAAUGUUAUGUAAUCUGUUUGGCAUGAAUAAUCAUACAGAAUUUGUUUAUUUAGAAUUACCUAAUCAACAUGAACGUUGUGUGUUUUUCACCUCGGUAAUUAUUGAUUGGCCACAAUUAACAUGGAUUGAAUUAUUGGAUAUGCAUGAUUAUAAACAACAUGUUGAAAAAUUAUCUAAUGAAAAAAUACCUAGUCCAAAACCACAUAUUGCUGUUGACAAAGAUGAUGACAAUAAUAUUUUCACUACAUCAAGAAAAUAUCCUCCUCACAAUAAUAAUAAUAAUUCACAUUCACAUUCACAUCCAUCAUUAUUAUUCAAUGUUCCAUUGUUAUCAGAAGAAGAAUUAGCCGCCAUUGAAUCAAGAGAAAUACAAUUAUUUCGUCGUCUUAGACAAAUUCUACGUAGAGUUGUAGCACAUUUAGUAAGUUUUCGUCGUUUUCUCGUAUUCACUAGACCAGUUCAUGUGGAUGAAGCACCAGAUUAUCAUGAUGUAAUUAAACAACCAAUGGAUUUAAGUAUAAUACGUGAUAAAAUUGAUACACAUCAAUAUACAAAUGUGAAUGAUUUUAUGAAGGAUAUUGAAUUAAUCUAUUUAAAUGCAUUGGAAUAUAAUCCGCCAACAAUACCACGUAGUCGUGAUAUUCGUUCUAGAGCAUCGGAAUUUUGGGAUGAAGCAUGUUUACGUAUGGAAGAAGAAUUACAACCGCCUGAUUUGAAUGAAUUAUGUGAAGAGGCAAAUCAAGCACGUGCAGCACGUUUAUCUAAUCAUGUUCAUUUAAAUAAAAAAACUUCUAUGAAUACUUCUUCAUUACGUCAUUCAAAAACUAAACAAUCGGAACAUCCAUAUACCAUGGAACAACAUAAAACAACAACAUCACAAGGAUCGACAACUAAUUCAAAGCCUUCAUUACCUUUACCUCUAGGUGAUCGUUAUAGUCGACGAUUACAUGGUGAAUCACCGGUCCUUGAAUUAAGUGACAUAUUACAAUUACAUUCAUCUAAUAGACGUCGUCGUCGACGGAUUUCUGUUACAUCUUCUUUAAAAAGUUUAUCAAAACUACAAACUAGUGAAAUCGAUGAUGAUGAUCAUCAUCAUCGUGGCGAUGGCGCUAGUGGUGUUGGUAAUGGUGAUGAUGGUGAUAUGGAUGCGUUAUCAUCUCCUGGACCUGCAAUGAUGAAAUCCUUUGAUGAAAAUCAAUUUGAUUCUUCACAAUUCACACUCAAUGAAGAAUCAUUAAAUAUAUUCAAAUCACCUUCUGAAGAUCCGUUAAAUCAACAACAAUCCAGUUUAUCCAAAUCUCAAGAUGAUCAACAUCAGUCACCUUAUCAACCAUCAUCAUCACCUAAAUUGAAUGAUAGCACUAAUAAUAAUACUGCUACUACUACUUGUACAGAAAUUCAAGUAGAUUUGAAAAAAUUAAAUCAUUUCUUAAAUGAAAUAGUUUUACAAACUGAUGGUUGGCCAACAUUAGAAUUAAUUAAUUUACAUACAGAUUUUUCUAAUUUAUUAUUUUGUAAAUAUGCUCAUGUAAACAAUCGUAUGUCAUUGUCCGAUGACUAUGAGAAAAUAUUUGCAAUUCAUCAAAAUGCCCACUUUUAACAAAAAAUAAUUUUUUUUUCAAUAUCAUCCUCAUUAUCAUCAUUUAGGUGUUUUCUCUCGAUUGAUUCUACUUCUCCAGACGCAUAUAAUAUCUAUACAUACAUACAUCUGUGUAUUUAAGUACACAUACAUAUACAUAUAACAUACAUACAUGUAUUCUUCAUUUAUCAAUUAGGCAUUGAUAACUUAUUG